AUGCGUGAGAUUGUCACCCUCCAGCUAGGCAAUCUGAGCAACUAUGUCGCCACCCACUUCUGGAACACGCAGGAAUCCUACUUUACAUAUGCAGAAGACGAAAAGUCGCUCGUGGACCACAACAUCCACUGGAGGGCCGGCAUUGGCGAGGAUGGCUCCGACACGUUUCUGCCGCGGGCCGUCGUGUAUGACUUGAAGGGCGCGUUUGGGCCGCUGCGAAAGGUCAAUCCCAUGUAUGAUGUUGCGCCGGGUCAGGAUGUUGCCCUGGCUUCGCUGUGGCCUGGUCAACCGGCGGUUCAUAAGCAGAGCCCGCUGUCCUUAAUCGACUACCAGAGAGAUUUCGAUGCCGGCGUCAAGCCAGGCAAGCUCAAGGCCUCCGAUGUGCGGUACUGGUCCGACUAUUCGCGGGUCUACUACCACCCCAAGUCGCUCAUCCAGCUGUACGACUUUGAGCUGCACUCCAGCAUCAUGCCCUUUGAGCGCUUCGAAACGGGCGUCGAGCUGUUUGAGUCGCUGGAGAAGGAGAAUGAAAUGGUGGACAGGGACUGGCGGCCGUUUGUGGAGGAGUGCGACCAGAUGCAGGGCGUGCAGGUGUACACGACGCUGGACGAUGCGUGGGGAGGCUUCGCCAGUUCGUAUCUCGAGGCGUUGCGGGAUGAGCAUCCCAAGACGUGUAUCUGGGUCUGGGGCCUGCAGAGCCCCGUGGCGACGAUUGUGAGGGAGAAGAGACGGCUGAGGCUGGCCAACACGGCGAUGAGUCUGAAUCAAGCGUGUGCCCAGGCUUCCAUGGUGGUGCCCCUGGGUCUUCCCGACUCUCGUGUUCCAUCUGGCAUUGCUGUCGACAGCAGCUCGGCGUGGAACGUCUCUGCACUGCUCGCCACAGCUACGGAGACGGCCUCGCUGCAAUCCCGGCUGCGUCUUGACGGGAGCUCGCAGCCUCUAGGUAUGGCUGACAUGGCGCAGUGCUUGAACGUCUCUGGCCGCCAGACUCUAGCAAACAUGCGCAUGACUGUUGGGCCACAGGCCGAACUGGACUUGGACGAGCCUCCUGAAUUGGACUUGUCGCAGAUUGGAAGCUCAAAAGAUGGAGUCAAGAUGGGGAACAACAGUCGGGCAUUUGGCAGACUAUCGUCUCUCCGAGUACCCGAGGACUCUAGCAAGGACUCUGCAGCUGAAUAUAUAAAGGACCAGCGCCCCAUCAUCGGAAACACCGUUGUUCGAAACUACAAAACUUCUCUCCUCUACCCCCUCCUCGACAGCUUCCCCUCAAUAUACAACUACGACCUCCACAACCGCGAGAGCAUCCCCGUACGCACAACCAUCGCCUCAGAAGGCUCCAUCGUGUACAAGAUGAAGAACCUGCGCUCGCAAGUAACCCCAUUCAUCUCACUAGAAGAGCGCGAGAACCUGGUCAACGGCUUGGCGGACCUGGGAGCCGCCUAUGAGGAUGACUGGUCAAGCGGUAGCGAUGAAGACGACGACGAUCUUUGA